CUCUCGACCAGAUGGCGACGGUGUCCUGUAUCAGCACACGUUGCCUGUUGCGACGGGGCGACCUAGGAGGGGGGAGAUUCGCAGUAUGCAUCGGUGUGGGUUAGAGUGAGUGAUAUUUCGCGAGUGUCGCUUGCCUCGCCGGGCCGCCGCCGCUGCUCGGAGGGGAUACCUCCCGCGAAAAAUCCUACCAUUUUCAGUGCUAUUUGGGCUUAAGGACGUCCUCCUCGAUCGCCAGGGGUCAGGGUAUUUAAUCUUGGUGUAUCGGGCCCGCAUAUUUCGGCCAAAUCGAGCCGGGAACCUCGCUGAAACUCCGCUUGAACAUAUAAAAAUAAAAUAAUAAAAUAGCGGCAGAGCUUAACACCGAAACGGAUUCGGAGAGGCCCCAGCAUUCGUUGUGUGCCGUGUUUCUGCUGCCUUCGCGUGCUUGCUGCUGCUGCCGCUGCUGCUGCUGUGGGCAGGCAGUCUCUGUUGCCGAGUGCCUUGGUUCAGGCCGGAAAUACUGAGUACUGUUAAAAGGACGGGGGUUACGUAUGUGAGAACAUGAUUUUAACACAUGAAAAGACGAAAAAAUUUCAAAUACCAUUUUACAAGAUGAGAAAAGAAAAAAGAAAGAAAGAAAGAUUAAAGACAGACACACACACACAGGCACGCGGAUUGAACUGAAAUUUUCUCAAAUGUAACUUCUUUUUACCGGAAUGUCGAACACUCUUUUGACAACCAUUUCGACGCCGGGACGGGGGAUUGCGAUUUAUCGUUAAACCCUGUUGCAAAAACCAAGAACGAAGAAGCCAGCACGACUACGGAUGAGGGCAGUGAUCUCUCAGGGAGCGGCGACCUGCGAACCGUCCAUAGAUAUACCUAUAGGAUAUACUCUCCUCCUCGCUACGCAGACUGGCGAUUCUGGCUGGCUGGCUGGAUGGCUGGCUGGCUGGCUGGUUGCAGACUGGAGUCUGGGACAAGGAUUCUCUCUCUCAAUAUCACGUUCUAUACUCUUCGUGUGUGUAACCGAGGACAGAGUCACACGUUCGAAAAGAGAAUUUUUCAAACCGAGACCUGCAGUUCGGGUGUAUCUCAUGCUGCAGACGACGACCAGCUGCUUCGAGGCGCAAAAUUUGAAAACUGGUUAUCCUGCCGGAGAGGAUGACGCUGUUGCUGUCUUGGGCAGCGAGGCAGAGCGUCUGAUCCAGCCUUUCAGCAGUUACUUGAUGACACUAACCCGUAGAUCCGAACUUGUGGGCUAUAUAAUUUGCACACCGCAAGCUCCUAUCUACCGGUACAUGUAGUCAGGCCGUCGAUUUGAUGACAUACAUCUUUCGGACGAAAAGACGACCAAACAAAUCAGAGUCUUACAACGAUAGAUUUCAAAUGCUUCUUCAGCUUAUAGGCGUUCUCAGAGGCGAUUCGUGAUCUCCAACAUACCUAACCACCCGAUGCAUCUCUACAACGAUGAGAACUGCAGGCUUGAUGUAUCCAGUAAAUUUUAUUAUUGUACAUGGUUUGCUUCUCGUCGAAUUUUACGCUAUGCAAUACAAGGUGUAAAAUUUUGCAGAACAAUGGCAAAAAUUCAAAAUCACCUAUUGAAUAAGACGGAAUGAUUUUCAAGUGAUCAUGUGUUGCAAGAAUCUUGCAAUCAGGGUAUAGUUACUGUCAUUUUGAAACAAACCGCAUACUCAUGAAAUGCACGCGUGACAAGUUUUAUUAUUACAUGCAAUCAAUUAUAAGGGGAUAUUGUAAGGUGGGAUUUCGAAAUUAAUUGGAAAUUUUACUUUAUAAAUUUUAUAAACUAAAUGGGGCAAGUAAAUAUUCCUCACAAAUUUUUACUGGAACUUCUUGAUUGAUUUUAUAGUAUCUUCAUUAGAAAUAGUAAUGAUAUGAUGCCUGCUAUAUCAUUUAUGUUUUAUUCAAUUUUAUAUAUAUAUAUAUGUGUCACCUUGAACUCUUGCUUUACAAUAUGAUACGUGUAUCCUUAGUUCCUAUAUAUAGCUACGCUUUUUAACCAAUCGAACUCCUUCGUAUUAUAUACUAUUUAGAGAAAAAUCCAUUCAUUGGAAAAUUUUUGUUCACUGCA